CAUUAAGACGAUGUGGUGUAUCGCUCCACUGCGUAUCGUAUAUAUCUGAUUUCCGGUUUCGUCUGGAUUGCCUUUAGGCUAACAGAUUUUUUAGUUGUCUUCAUUCAACAGGUGUAAAAAGACGCGCUCGCGGUAUCGCAACACGGUUCGGCAUCGGCUAUUUUAAAAAAGUUUUGUUCACUCUAAUUAACUAAUUUAGCAGACGAAGGAUUUUCAAGGAAAGCUAUCAGAAUGCAGCAUCAGAUUGAAACUCACACAAAUCUAUUUUGCAUACUUGUAAAUGUGUCGUCUGUAUCUAUUGAAAUGGGCAACAAGUGAAGGUGUUUGCAAAGGAUUGAAAAGCAAACGUCACUUCAACAAACAUGAAGUGCAUGUCAAUCAGUUUUGAAAUUGAUUUUAUUUUACUGCUGCUGCUGCUUUCGUUAAACAACUGCUGUGCCACUCAAGGCGGCACCAAUUGUUAUGAGAGUCACCAGAAUGGCUUUAAUACCUAUCCGAAUAAUUUGCCCGGCGAUAAAGGGAGUGGAAAUAGUACUAAUAAUAAUAAUGAUACCACCAUGAUGAUGACACAGGCGCCAGGCACGACAACGACACCGUCGUCCAACGAUGUCGCCACUUGGACUUGUUGCUGCUGGGAAGUCAGCAAUCAGAAUGAGCUCGAAUGUCGCUGCGAGGGCGAUGCGUUGACACGUGUGCCACAGACUUUGCAACAACCACUACAAAGGCUAACAAUUGCAUCAGCGGGCAUGCCUCGUUUACGCUCGGUUGGAUUGAAGAUUUACGGAGCCACAUUAUUAGAUGUUGCGUUCAUUAACUGUCACAAAUUGGAAGAAAUACAGGACAGCGCCUUCUCUAACUUGACGGUUCUGCGCACCAUUUAUAUUUCGCAAGCGCCAAAAUUGACAUAUCUAUCGAAGAAUGUGUUUGAGGGAAUUUCUGACACCAUUGAAAUCAUGUAAGUAGAAACGCAUAUUAAUAGUGGUUUGACAAGUGUUCCGGAUCUUGGAUUUUUACCACCUCACAACAUUCUACAGAUGAUUGAUCUCGACAAUAAUCAAAUUUCUCGAAUUGAUUCCAAAUCUAUUAAAGUUAAGACUGCACAAUUAGUUUUAGCAAAUAAUGACAUAACAUUUAUUGACGAUUCCGCUUUCUCUGGUUCUAAAAUUGCCAAGCUCACUUUGCGGGACAAUCGCAAGUUAAGCGAUCUUCAUCCAAAUGCUUUCUACGGCAUAAUAGAUAUAACCGAACUUGAUCUCUCUAGCACUUCGCUAGUCAGUUUGCCAUCAGCUGGACUGCAGACCGUCGAAGUUUUGUACAUUACUAACACGCAUACGUUGAAGACAAUACCCUCCAUAUAUAAUUUUCAGAACUUACAGAAAGCUCAUCUAACGCAUUCAUUCCACUGCUGUGCAUUCCAAUUUCCUUCAAGACACGAUCCUCUGAGGCAUGCUCAACGUAUGCAGGAAUUGGAGAAGUUGAGAGAACAGUGCUACAGCAAUCGUGAUCUUGUAAUGCAAUUAAAUAAACCAAGUCUCGCCACAUCUCAAACUGACGAAGUUAUUGAUCAAUUUGGUCGUUGGGAACGAAGCAUACCAAAUGGUUUUAAUGAUUUUGUAAGCUAUCAGAAUACUGAAAUGCCAUUGAACGAUGGCACGCCUAAUUCGUACAAUUACUUGACGGAUUCGACAAUGAUCAAUAUCGGAGUAUUUCACGAACAAAUUACACUAAAUCCAGAAGAUGAUCAACUUGCUGAGUAUUGUGGAAACUUUACCUUCAGAAAACCCAAUGUUGAGUGCUAUCCAAUGCCGAAUGCUCUGAAUCCUUGCGAGGAUGUAAUGGGUUAUCAGUGGCUGCGCAUUGCUGUUUGGAUCGUUGUUGCUCUGGCGGUUGUUGGCAACGUCGCUGUCCUCGCUGUCAUACUCUCCAUUAAAUCGGAGACAGCGUCGGUGCCGCGAUUUUUAAUGUGCCACUUGGCAUUUGCUGACCUCUGUCUGGGGCUCUAUUUGCUGCUGAUUGCCUCAAUCGAUGCACAUUCGAUGGGCGAAUACUUUAACUAUGCAUUUGAUUGGCAAUAUGGAUUGGGUUGCAAGGUAGCUGGAUUUCUCACAGUAUUCGCAAGUCAUUUGUCGGUAUUUACGUUGACUGUCAUCACAAUUGAACGAUGGUUCACUAUUACGCAUGCCAUGUAUCUGAACAAGCGUUUGAAAUUGUAUCAGGCUGCUGUAAUCAUGCUGUCGGGUUGGAUCUACUCAAUUUUUAUGUCCUCAAUGCCUUUGUUUGGCAUUAGCAAUUACUCAUCGACAAGCAUUUGCUUACCCAUGGAGAAGCGUGAUAUAUAUGAUUCGGUGUACUUGGUAUUGAUUUUGGGCUGCAAUUUUAUGGCUUUCACCAUUAUUGCCAUAUGCUAUGCUCAAAUAUACAUAUCACUGGGUCAUGAAACUCGUCAUGCACGUGAUAACAUUCCUGGCGAGAUAAGCAUUGCCAAAAAGAUGACACUUCUGGUUUUUACCAAUUUCACUUGCUGGGCGCCCAUUGCUUUCUUUGGACUUACUGCUUUGGCCGGAUAUCCGUUGAUUAAUGUUACCAAAUCGAAGAUAUUAUUAGUAUUUUUCUAUCCGUUGAACUCUUGUGCCGAUCCGUAUCUCUAUGCUAUUCUAACGUCUCAAUAUCGACAGGAUUUAAUCACUCUGUUGUCAAAGUUGGGUAUUUGCCAAAAGCGUUUAAUGAAAUAUAAGCAUAGCGAUUCCAUACCUGUCACCACCCAUUACACCAUACGCGGCUCCAUUGAUCGUCACCAUUCUCUUAGUCAGAAAGGUCAAUUGGAUCUGACAGCGGAGACUCAGAAAAUGAUCAAGAAUGAUGAGGCUUACGUCUAAGAGUUUACGAAAGAAAACUAGCAAAAGAAAUUAAAUGGUUUUCAAUGUGGAAUUUAGUCAUUCGCUAAUGAAAGCAACACUUGCAACAGAAACUAGUUUCAAUGCGAUGUCAGCCAAAGGCAAAUGCAGAAAUGCUUAUUAGUUAUAAGUGAGCCAUAGGCUCAUAAAGAGUUUCUUAUUAGUUGUGAUAAUAUUUUCUUUAGUACUAUUAUUUAUAUUCUUGUUAUAAUUUUGAUCCUUAAGCUCUCUAAAAUCGUAACUUCCAUUGAAAUGCGUCACAUUUGCAGUAUUUCUGGCACACUUUAAUUUUAUAGUUAUGAAAUAACUAAAAAUAAUUUGAUUAAAAUAAAUUAGCCAAGCUAAACAGAUAAAUAAAUCCCAAUUAUUUCAUCACUGUUCUAAAU